AUGGAUCCGACAAAGACAACAAGUGUAUCAUUUCAGGAGUUUGCCAAGGUUGUGUGCCUUUAUUACAUAAACUGUUUCCAUCCGGGCUCUGGCGAAUUCUGCUCCCGUAUGUUUCCGGAGCAGUACCGGAAGAUGCUCGAGGAGCCGGACGUCAUCCGCCCGGAAUCCAACAUCAUUCUCGUCAUCAUGUACAGCAUUAUCACCAUCAUGUCUCUCGUCGGCAAUUCCCUCGUUGUCAUCACUUUCGCCGUUGACAAACACAUGCGCUCCGUCACAAACGUGUUUAUAUUAUCCCUGGCAGUGGUUGAUCUUAUGGUUACGUUAACGUGCGUGCCGUUUAACAUCGAUUCCGCCUACACGACGCAUUGGAUGUUUGGACGGUUCACCUGUAAAGUAGUUCCGUUUUUCAGAACAUUUUCUGAAUCCUUACAUUUGCUGACUAUGUGUGUAAUUGCAUUCGAUCGCUACUUUGCAAUUGUUCAUCCCCACAGACUCAAGAGUCUAAGGAAACCUGCACAAGUUUCAACAAUCCUCGUCCUUAUUUGGAUGGUGUCACUUCUCUGCAGUGUCCCUAACGCCGUGUUCUAUAACCUCAAGAAACUCGAGUGCCCACACACAAAAACAGAGGAUGUGUAUAUAUGCGUGUGGCCAGAUGAGCAUAAACCUACCUUAGGACAUUUGCUAACCCUAGUGGCGCUUUUUAUAAUCCCCCUCAUCAUAAUGACCGUCGUUUAUGGGCUGAUUGGCCUCAAGCUAUGGAUUCGGAAGCCCGCAGGCGAGAGCCGUGGAAACUCACUGCGGAAUGCCACAAUGAAGAAGGGUGUCAUCAAGAUGCUGGUUAUAGUCAUACUGGCGUAUCUAGUCUGUUGGAGUCCCAUCAUUGUGCUCAACUUCGUCGAGAGUUUACUGGACAAAGCGCAGCUUAACCUAAGAGUCAUGGUCUACCUGAAACUUUACUUCCAGUGCCUGAGCAUGGUCAGCUGCUGCAUAAACCCAAUUAUUUACACGUUUAUGAACAAGAAAUUUCGAGAGAAGUUUGCUUCGUAUAUCCGUUGUUGCCGGAGCAACAAGGUCAGGAUCCUCACGGUUUCUUAG